GAGUGGCCACAGCUGGGAUUUUGUCCACAAGUACAGGUAGCCCUUGGAGGUGACCUGUUGGACUCCAUGAUAGUUAGGACUUUUGGUGGUUGGUGGUUGGCAGUUGUUGCUGGCGGUCCUUGGCUAUUAGUUCCCUAAUUUGGGUUUGUUGUUUUGUCUUGUGUCUGUUACUGAUUUUGAUUCGUUGUUUUGUUCUGUUAGUUUUAUAUUUGCUAGCAUCCUUGGUUGGUGUUCGUAGGAUGCAUAGCCAGAGUAGAGAGAGUAGUGUCAUGUUGCAGGGGCCCAGGUCCCAUCAGAAGGCAGUAUUGAGGGAGCAGUAUGAGGUCCUGAGGGACAUUGGGUUUGGCCGGUUUGGCAAGAUCAAAUUAGCCCGCCAUCGCCUGACUGGGGCAGAGGUGACCAUCAAAGUCCUGCGGAAGAAAGGGCAGAACCUCCUGCUCCUCUCCGAACCAGAGAUGAUGAGGAGCCUAGAGCAUCCCAAUGUGAUCCAGUUAUUGCAGGUUGCUGAGACCAACAGAAAUAUUUACAUGGUGAUGGAACACACAGGUGGAGGUCGGCUACUGGACCACAUCCCACAGGGUGGCAUGCAGGAGGAAGAGGCCCGCAGACUUUUCCGGCAGGUAGUGAGUGCCGUGAGCUACUGCCAUGACAAGGGCAUUGUACAUCGAGACCUGAAGCCAGAGAACAUCAUGGUGGAUGCCAGGAGCCAUGCUAGACUUAUCGAUUUUGGCUUCAGUGCCAGGUUCACGCCUGGGCAGAAGCUGCGCCAGUUCUGGGGCACUCUGUCAUACUUUGCCCCCGAAAUUAUCCUGAGGCAAGAGUAUGAAGGACCCCCAGUGGACAUCUGGAGCCUGGGUGUAAUUCUGCAUUAUAUGUUGACAAGGAGGUACCCAUUUAGUGGCAACACCUCUAAGGAGAUGCUGAGUCAGAUCAAGCAGGCAACCUACCGCGACCCUCCCGAUGUUUCCUUGGCAGCACGAAUGCUCAUCCACCAAAUGCUGACCCUGGACCCCCAGAAGCGACCCACAGCCAAGCAGAUCCUUCAGCACCCAUGGAUGACAAAGGGUAAGCAGGAUUUACCCCAGGAUUAUAGUGAACCAAUCCCCUUCCGCCCAGACCCUGAAAUACUGACCACCAUGUUUGAUAUGGGUUACGAUCUGCGUAAGACCUGGGUGUCCCUGGCCAAGAGGAAGUUCAACGCGGUAAUGGCUACCUACCUUCUGCUCCAGCACCAGAAAAGCCAAGGGGCAGGCUGCAUGUUCCAGGGGAAGCCUGUGCUUCCGAGGGUGAAGCCUCGCCCACGCCCUGUGGAUCUUUCCCAUUCCCCUGUGCUCCCAAAGAGGAGCCCCAGCGAGCCUGCCCUGAGCACCUUCCCCUUGCCCUGUGAGCCUCAGCUGCCUGAGGGCUCCACACAGGCAGGGCAGAAGCACAUCAGGAGUGCCAGUGAGCCUGCUCUCCAUCUCCACUUGCAGCCAGCAGGGGCCUCCACACCUGAUGCAGGCCCUCAGCUGGACUCUGGGCAACCCCAGGCCCACAGAAGGCUCUUGAGGUGGGUUGACAGGAGGAUUGCUACCUGUAUCCAAGAACUGUGCUGUUGCUCACCAGGGGUCAGCAAUAAGUUGGCUCCCAUGUAAGAGGGCAUAAAGGUGGCAGGUUCAUUAAGUGUGGCUCCAGUGAAGGGAAGAGAUGACCCAGGCAAAACCAGGGGAUAGCCAGAGGACCCUGUGCUCUAUGGACACCUUGUAUGGGCAUCGGAUGUGUGGACUCCGAAACAAUGCAGGAGCAAGAUGUGCCAAGACCUCUGGUUUCUCUGCCCAAGGACCAAGCACCCUGCCCAAGCACCAAGCACCCUUCUGCAUCCAUCAGGACAUCGGGACUCUCCUGUGCCUCCACCUGCAGAAGACAUCAGAGACUGCUUCCCUGGGACCCUUCCUCUGCCCUAUUCCUCUGUCCUGUCUCCCAUUCCCCAGUGAUGAUUCUCACUAAAUUUCAGACAAAUUUGCUAAUAAAAAAAACUAUAAACAUUUUGAACAA